ACGGUAAAAACAAGACAAAACAUAAAGAUAAGGGUUUUCCGACAGAAGUCUCAUCGAUCCACUUCCAUGUCCGUUCGAAAAAAAUAUGACCGUUGAAAGUAAUUAAAUUCAAUAAAAAUAAAAAAUAAAUAACUCCCCCUUCCUCUUCUUCAAUCUCUGUUCUUCCCCAAAAAGAAAACUUCCACAGUCAAAAUCGAGAGAGAGAGAGAGAGAGAGAGAGCGAGAAAGAUGGGUUGUGUUUCUUCGAAGCCAGCGAAGAAGAAACUGGUAAGAGAGAUUCGAGUCAACAACGGCGGCGACCACAUCGUCUCUCUCACUUCCACUACUUACGGUCAUCUCGAUAUCAACCAACGAGAAGAGACUUCUCCUAAGUCACAGGAACUCACUAAAGGCGAUGUCUUUGAGUCCGAAACCAUCAAACCAAGGAGAUCUAGUGAUAAUCCAGAGAUAAUCAACACAUGGGAGCUUAUGGAAGAUCUCGAAGAUGCAACGAAGAUUAGCCCCAAAUCUCGUGGAAUGUUCGGGAGAUCGUGGAAGACUCCUGUGAAAUCGAUUGCGGAGUCUCCGAAGAGGAACGGUAGUAGUAGCAAGAGAUUCAGGGGAAAAGAAAACAGAGGAGUGAGUCCGAACCAGAAGAAGAACGUUCUCGAGGAGACUCCGAAGAGAGGCGUGAUGCGUUUGAGUUUCCCUCUCAAAUCAGAAGAGCCUUUGAGGAGGAAGAGUUUCAGUCCGAUGUUCGAUCCAGACCUCGUGGCUUCUUACGAGAGAGAGUUGUCUCAGGAGAAAGAACAGAUCAAGAUGGUGAUCUCUCCACCCUCCUCCAACGAGAGAAUCCUCGAGAGUUUCCCGGAGAAAUGUCCACCGGGAGGAGAGAACUCGGUGGUCGUUUACAUAACGACGCUGAGAGGGAUAAGGAAGACGUUCGAGGAUUGCAAUGCGGUGAGGUCGAUACUGGAUUCGCACGAAGUUCGGUACUUGGAGCGAGAUGUGUCGAUGCACUCUGUUUUCAAGGAGGAGAUCAGGGGGAUCAUGGGGACGAAGCAGGUGAGAGUGCCGGCGGUUUUCGUGAAGGGGAGGAUGAUAGGAAGCGUUGAGGAAGUGGUGAGGUUAGAGGAGGAGGGCAAAUUGGGUAUUUUGCUUGAAUGUAUGCCUAAGGCGAGGCUAAGCGGUUGCUGCUGCGGAGGAUGCGGCGGGAUGAGGUUUGUGAUGUGUGGUGUUUGUAAUGGAAGCUGCAAGGUUAUGGAUGCUGAGAUGAAGGAUACAGUUAAGUGUUUGGAGUGUAAUGAGAACGGUUUGGUUCUCUGUCCAGUUUGCUCUUGAAAUAGAUUUCAUCUUUUUCAGUUUUCUUGUCCUAAUUUUAUUCUCAAAAUUGGGUGACUUUGGAGGCUAACUUUGCAUUUGAAUCUUGAUGGGUAGAAAUCUAAUGAUUUGUGAGAGAGUUUCUAAAAGUUGGGUUUAUGUGUUCUCUUGGUGUUUACUAGUAACUGAAUCUGUGUUUUAAUGUUUGUAAAACGUUUUAUAAUAAAGAUUCAAUUCAUCUUGUAUAACCGUUGUAAAUGAUUUUGUCUGAUUCUUUCUUCAAUUGUCCAAUAUGAUAAAAUAAAACGUUUGUUUGCAA